AUGAGCGGAACGACACGCACGGGUCUGGUGCCGACGCCAAAGCGGCACAUAAAAUAUGUGAAAAAGCGCAAGAAUUUCCAUGCAGAUGAUAUGCGAAUGCCGCUGAAAUUUGAGGCGCUGCCAAUGCCGCUGUCGCUGCGUCCAUUUGGUGGACUGUUUAAUCCGUUUGCCAAGGGCUGUUCGUUGCUGUGCAACCAUCCAGCGCCGACGGCAGUAAAGGAAGUCAUCCAUCAGCUGAAGACAACGCUGGCCAUUGAGGGGCGCAGUGCACAGCAGCAGCAGCAUCAACAUCAACAUGCCAAGGAGAAGCCGCAGCAGGAGUCACUGCAGCCGCAUGAAGCAGACAACAUACCGGAGGAUUUAUUUCGUCGUUAUGCUGAGACGGAUUCCAGGCCCAUGACGCCUACGCCGACUGUCACCAGCAUACAUACGCGCACCAGUGCUGGCUCCUUUUACAGGCGCUGCAUUACGCCGGAGUGGGGCAAGCAUGAGAAUAUACAGCGCAAGAAGAUUAUACUAGAUCUGCGGCGCACGCACUCGCAGGAGACGCUCUACUGGAAGCCCAGCUCGGAUCUAACCCAAAGCGGCAUUGAUGAGGACAAGAAGCCCAAGAGUGCAGGUGCUAAUGAGGACAAGAAGCCAAGGCGCCAACAGUCGAACGAUCAACGACCAAAGUCCUCACUGGGCACUGCCACGCUAGGUCCAAGCUGCGAUCAGCAUGAUGAGCUGGAAGCUAAGCAGCCCAAGACUUGCAUCAAUGAGCACGAAAUGAGCGACGACGAUGUGCGACGUGGCAAGAAGCGCAAGAAGCUGAAGCUGCCGCAGGCUACAACAACAUUUCAUCUGAGCGAGGAUCCAGAGACGCAGGUAGCAACCUUGGGGCCGGAUUCACUGAAUGCCAGCACACGACCCAGCCUCAUACCCAACUCCAUAAGUCUGCUGCCCAAGGACAAACGCGAGGCCGAGCCCAUACUGCUUAAGGGCAGUUUUCUCACAGAUGAAGCCUUCCAGGCGCUCAAAACGGAUCUGAAUGUGGAUGUCAUAGAGAAUACCUUUGGCAGAUAUCUCAAUCGUGCCUUGCGUGAAGCCAUCAAGUACAUGCCCAAAGUAUCGCAGACGCCUGCUGUUGAGGCAGAGACGGAUAAGACAAUGGAGAGCUCCAGCUACAGCUCAAAGAUGCCGCGCAAGUUCUCCAAGUCCGCCACACGCUUUGACGUGCCCAUGGACUUAACCAAUCUAAAGACUAUGCGUCCUUGGGAUUAUCUGAGCAAACAUGUCUUUGUAUCACAGCAGCGCAAGCAGCUUUACAAGCGUGUGUUUCUCAAAUAUUUAAAUCGCAUUGAAGAGCCGGAACCGGAAAAUGAGCUGGGCAACGAUGAAGUACCGCUGACGGAGUACAAGGAGCGCACAAUGGCUUGGACCAGCUUGCCACAUGCUCUGGAGGAUGUCUUAGAGUUCCAUGGCACUGAGGAGAACGUCAAGCGUACGUUGAGUUACUUGGAUUAUUCUGUACAGAGCGCUGGCGACUUGGACUUUCGCACCUGGUGUGGCAUUGUAUCAUUUGCUGAGCGUUUAGUUCUAUCAAAUCCUGAGUGCAGUGAUGACGACACUUGUGACGAACUGGAAAAGGCUGACUUUAGCAGCAUGGAGCAGAUAAUUGCUGAAUUUGAAGUACCCGAAAAACUACGCGAAAUAUUUAAAAUAAUACGCAUAACACACAAACUGCGCAAUUAAAGAGCGCGCGCUGUAA